CUCGCCCGCUGCCUUGGCGCACCCCUCGGCUCGCCCGCUCUGCAAGCCGCGCGGAGGCCGCCCUGCCGGGGGCUCGCGACCCGGACCCUCUGCCUCCCCGCUCUGCAAGCCCGCGGUCCCGGGGGCGAGAAGGGAGGGCGCCCCGCUGCCCUCCCUGCGCGUCCAGACCCUCCAGCCCACCGCGAAGCAAGCCGGCUGGCAAACCGAAUACAUCAAUGGAAGACUCAGCAUUGCAUCUUUCUUCUGAGAACGUAAAGAGUGAAAAUACCAACUUGGACUGAAAGACACUGUUGAAACUGCCGGUUCACCAUGUUGGACUUCCUAGCUGAAAAUAAUCACUGUGGGCAAGCUAUCCUUAGGAUUGUUUCUUGUGGAAAUGCAAUCAUUGCUGAACUUUUGAGGCUCUCGGAGUUCAUUCCAAGUGUGUUCCGACUCAAAGACAAGGCUGAUCAACAGAAAUAUGGCGAAAUCAUAUUUGACUUCAGCUAUUUCAAGGGGCCUGAGGCAUGUGAAGGAAGGUUGGAAGCCAAACCUGAGCUACAGGACUUAGAUGAUGAAUUUCGUGAAAACAACAUAGAAAUCUUGACAAGAUUUUAUCUGGCAUUCCAGAGUGUUCAUAAAUACAUAGUUGACUUAAACAGAUAUCUGGAUGAUCUCAAUGAAGGAAUUUAUAUCCAACAAACCUUAGAAACUGUGCUGCUUAAUGAAGAUGGGAAACAAUUAUUGUGCGAAGCCCUUUAUUUGUACGGAGUCAUGCUGCUCGUGAUCGAUCAGAAAAUUGAAGGGGAGGUUCGAGAGAGAAUGCUUGUUUCCUACUAUAGAUACAGUGCUGCUCGCUCUGCUGACUCCAAUAUGGAUGACAUAUGUAAACUGCUUCGGAGCACUGGGUAUUCAAGCCAGCCUGGGGCAAAGAGGCCCCCAAACUACCCCGAGGGUUACUUCAGCAGGGUACCCAUAAACCCAACCUUCAUCAGCAUGGUAAUUGGCCGCUUGAGGUCAGAUGACAUAUAUAACCAGGUUUCUGCGUAUCCAUUGCCAGAGCACCGCAGUACGGCUCUCGCUACCCAGGCGGCCAUGUUGUACAUGACGCUUUAUUUCGAUGCAUCCAUUCUUCACACGCAGCAGGCAAAACUGAGAGAGAUAGUGGAUAAAUAUUUUCCAGACAACUGGGUUAUUGGCAUUUAUAUGGGGAUCUCUGUGAAUUUGGCUGAAGCCUGGGAACCUUACAAAGCCGCAAGAACUGCUCUGAACAACACGCUGGACGUUUCCAAUGUCAAGGAGCAAGCCAGCAGGUGUGCCGCCGUCACAGAGCGGGUUCACUCCCAGGUGCAGCAGUUUCUUAAGGAAGGCUUCUUGAGAGAGGAGCUGGUGCUGGACAACAUUCCCAAACUGCUGAACUGCUUGCGGGACUGUAAUGUCGCCAUCCGGUGGCUGAUGCUUCAUACUGCUGACUCGGCUUAUGAUCCAAAUAUUAAGCGUCUCCGCCAAAUAAAGGACCAAGUUAUAGCAGAUUCGAGGUACAAUCCCAAGAUCCUUUUCCAGCUUCUCCUGGAUACAGCCCAGUUUGAAUUCAUCUUGAAAGAGAUGUUCAAGCAGAUGCUUUCAGAAAAGCAAGCAAAAUGGGAAAGCUACAAAAAGGAAGGGUCAGAAAGGAUGGCUGAACUGGCAGAUGUCUUUUCCGGUGUUAAGCCUCUAACAAGAGUGGAGAAAAAUGAAAACCUGCAGGCCUGGUUCAGAGAAAUCGCCAAACAAAUAAUGUCUCUGGAUUAUGAUGACUCCACCGCGGCUGGCAGGAAAACUGUGCAACUUAUACAAGCCCUGGAAGAGGUACAAGAAUUUCACCAGUUGGAAUCCAACCUGCAGGUCUGCCAGUUUCUUGCUGAUACCCGUAAAUUUCUGCAUCAGAUGAUCCGCACCAUCAACAUUAAGGAAGAGGUUCUCAUCACCAUGCAGAUAGUUGGUGACCUUUCAUAUGCCUGGCAGCUAAUUGACAGUUUCACAUUCAUCAUGCAGGAAAGCAUACGGUUUAAUCCAUCUAUGGUAACCAAGCUGAGAGCCACAUUUUUAAAGUUGGCUUCGGCCCUUGAUAUGCCACUGCUUCGUAUCAAUCAAGCAAACAGCCCUGACCUUCUCAGUGUAUCGCAGUAUUAUUCUGGAGAACUGGUUUCCUAUGUAAGAAAGGUUUUGCAGAUCAUUCCAGAAAGCAUGUUUACAUCCCUCCUUAAGAUUAUAAAGCUGCAGACCCACGAUAUCAUUGAAGUGCCCACCCGUCUGGACAAGGACAAGCUGCGAGACUACGCCCAGCUUGUGCCACGAUACGAGGUUGCUAAGCUUACGCACGCCAUCUCAAUUUUCACAGAAGGCAUCCUGAUGAUGAAAACAACAUUGGUUGGGAUCAUCAAGGUGGACCCAAAGCAGCUGCUGGAAGAUGGAAUAAGGAAAGAGCUGGUAAAGCGGGUGGCCCUGGCCCUGCACCGAGGACUGACCUUCAACCCCAGGGCAAAGCCCAGUGAACUCAUGCCCAGGCUGAAAGACAUGGCAGCCACCAUGGAUGGGUUCCACCGUUCCUUUGAAUACAUCCAGGAUUACGUCAAUAUUUAUGGCUUAAAGAUCUGGCAGGAAGAAGUGUCUCGCAUCAUCAAUUACAACGUGGAGCAGGAGUGCAAUAACUUCUUAAGGACGAAGAUUCAAGACUGGCAAAGCAUUUACCAGUCCACCCAUAUCCCAAUACCAAAAUUUGUACCAGUGGAUGAAUCAGUCACAUUUAUUGGUCGGCUCUGCCGAGAGAUUCUGAGAAUCACAGACCCAAAAGUUGCCUGUUACAUCGACCAGCUGAACACCUGGUAUGACAUGCGAAGCCAUCAGGAAGUGUCCAACAGUCGCCUGUUUUCUGAGAUCCAGAACACUCUGGGCACCUUUGGCCUGAAUGGUUUGGACAGGCUUCUCUGCUUCAUGAUUGUGAAAGAACUGCAGAAUUUCCUCAGCAUGUUUCUGAAAAUGGUGCUGCGUGAUAAGGGCGUACAUGAGGCACUGAAAUCUCUCAUGAAGACAGUCUGCCCUCUGAAAGGAAUUGUGGCCAACUGUGGCAAGGUGUAUUCUUCAGCAGUUGCCAAAACCCAGAAGAUCUGGGCUGCUUACCUGGAUGCAAUUAUGAAGGUUGGCCAGAUGCAGAUCUUAAGGCGCCAGAUAACGAAUGAGCUUAACUUUUCCUGCAGAUUUGACUCCAAGCACUUAGCAGCAGCCCUGGAGAACCUCAAUAAAGCAAUCCUCGCUGACAUUGAGGCUCAUUACCAGGACCCAUCCCUUCCUUGUCCUAAAGAAGAUAACACCCUUCUGUAUGAGAUCACAGCCUACCUGGAGGCAGCAGGCAUCCAUAAUCCAUUAAAUAAGAUCUACAUAACUACAAAACGAUUGCCGUAUUUCCCCAUUGUGAAUUUUCUCUUUCUGAUUUCUCAGUUGCCAAAACUUCAGUACAGUAAAAACUUAGGGAUGAUGUGCAAAAAGCCGGCCGAUCCUAUUGACUGGCCCCCUCUGGUGCUUGGGCUGCUGACGCUGCUGAAACAGUUUCACUCGCGAUACACAGAGCAGUUCCUGGCUCUGAUUGGCCAGUUUAUUCGUUCAACGAUGGAGCAGAGCACGAGCCAGAAGGUCCCAGAAAUGCCCGCUGAUGUUGUGGGUGCCUUGCUUUUCUUAGAAGAUUACGUUCGUUAUACAAAGCUGCCACGAAGGGUGGUUGACGCCCACGUGCCUAAUUUCAUUUUUGAUGAGUUCCGGACAGUUCUGUGAAUUUCCAUGCAAGCGGUAGACCAAAAUGAAAAUAUUAUACAAGGACUUGGGAGAAGAUAAAGAGUGAGAGCAAAAAUUAGCACUUCGACUCUGCCUUUUACUUUUCACUUUACAGAAAACCUCUAUAGAUGCAUGAACUUAACAUAAUAAUAGAUGCCAAUCCCUUAAAACUAUGUUUCAGAAUCCUUCAGAAUGUGCUUAACUGAUACAAGUGAACUGACUUUUAUAUUUAAUCUGUCAUGUUGUAGACAAUACUUUCUGUACAAAAAUAAUGCAAUUUAUUCCAGCAGUUUGUGGACAGGAAUGACUUUUUGAAUAGCAAUUAAAGUAAUCAUAAUGAAAUGAGAAGCCUUAGAAUACUUACCAGUUUUUUACAUACUUCAGCAAUAUUUUAUUUCUUCAGCACCAAACCCUUGUGGCUUUCUUCAUCUCUAAGACUGUGGAAGUCAUUUUCAUAGAGGGAAUUAGUACUUUUGGAAAUGCAGAUAUAUCUCACUGAUUAUCCUAAGAUGAAUGCAUGCAUACCUCCAGCUACUGUUGGCUGCUCAUACAGAAGAUACUUUCUACAGAUGGAUCUUUCUUGCUGGACCACAAGUAACCAGCCUGAUGAAGUAGAAGAUUCUCUGAACCAUCAUUUACAGGAUGCAGCCUAGUUCAGUGCAUUUUUACUCAAGAUAAAUUUCCACAGAAUUCUAGGAGGUUUAUUCCCAAGCAAAUAUACACAUAAGGGUUGGAAAUUGAAAUCCCACUGCUGCUGUGCUUCUUAAAAAUCAGAACUACAUGCUCUGGAGUGUUCAUUGUACAUUUUCUUGUGGUUGGCUGUAUUUGAUAAUUUGGGUAGCAUUAGGCAAGAUUCUUACCCUUCUGCAAAAUAAAUAUGAAGUAUGAGA